GCCAAAUAAUCUGUAAUCCAGCUCCAACGUCCAGCUCCGACUCGCCUCGCCCUCUCCCCCCGUCGCGCAACCGAAAAUGUCUGCCUGCGACCUCCUGUGACGCCGUCCUCCAAUAUCUCCCGCGCAUGAGCCGCCCAUCCUCGUGCCUCCUGUCCCCGUGGCCGCGCCGCCAAUUGACUCCGACGACGCUGUCCGCUUGCCUCCUUAUUGCCCCUCGCUCGCGACCCGCCUCGUCCUCCUAGAGCUUCCACCACCGCCUCUCCCUCGCAACAGAUACGCUCCUGCCCACCAUGGCGUCGGCUCUCUUCUUCCUAGACCUCAAGGGCAAGACUCUCCUCGCCCGCAACUACCGAGGUGAUCUCCCCAUGUCCGCCGUCGAAAAGUUCCCCAUCCUCCUCUCCGAAGCCGAAGAAGACUCUUCUGCCGUGCCACCAUGCUUCUCCCACGAGGGCAUCAACUACCUCUACAUCCGACACAACAACCUCUACCUCCUCGCCCUCACAAAACGCAACACAAAUGCCGCCGAGAUCCUCCUCUUCCUCCACAAGGUCGUCGAGGUCUUCACCGAGUACUUCAAGGCCCUCGAGGAAGAGUCCAUCCGCGACAACUUCGUCAUCAUCUACGAGCUCCUCGAUGAGAUGAUGGACUUUGGCUACCCCCAGACCACCGAGUCCAAGAUUCUCCAGGAGUACAUCACCCAGGAGUCCCACAAGCUCGAGAUCCAGGCCCGUCCCCCCAUCGCCGUGACAAACGCCGUCUCGUGGCGUUCCGAGGGCAUCCGCUACCGCAAGAACGAGGUCUUCCUCGACGUCGUCGAGAGCCUCAACCUUCUCGUCAGCGCAAACGGCAACGUCCUACGUAGUGAGAUUCUCGGCGCCAUCAAGAUGAAGUGCUACCUCAGCGGUAUGCCCGAGCUGCGUCUCGGCCUCAACGACAAGGUCAUGUUCGAGACAACCGGCCGCACCACCCGCGGCAAGGCCAUCGAGAUGGAGGACGUCAAGUUCCACCAGUGUGUCCGCCUGUCUCGAUUCGAAAACGACCGCACCAUCUCCUUCAUCCCCCCCGACGGCGAGUUCGAACUCAUGUCCUACCGCCUCAACACCCAGGUCAAGCCCCUUAUCUGGGUCGAAUGCGUCGUCGAGUCCCAUUCCGGCUCCCGUAUCGAGUACAUGCUCAAGGCCCGCGCCCAGUUCAAGCGCCGCAGCACCGCAAACAACGUCGAGAUCGUUGUCCCCGUCCCCGACGACGCCGACAGCCCGCGCUUCCGCACCAACAUCGGUUCCGUCCACUACGCCCCUGAGCAGAGCGCCAUUGUCUGGAAAAUCAAGCAGUUUGGUGGCGGCAAGGAGUUCCUCAUGCGCGCCGAGCUGGGCUUGCCGAGCGUAAGGGGCGACGAUGAGCACGGUGGUGGUAUGACUGGUGGUUUUGGAGGCAGCAUGGGUGGUGUUGGAGGUCCCGGAAAGGGUGCCAAGAGGCCCAUCCAGGUCAAGUUUGAGAUUCCCUACUUCACCACCAGCGGUAUCCAAGUGCGAUAUCUAAAGAUUACUGAACCCAAGCUGCAAUACCCUUCUCUCCCCUGGGUCCGAUACAUCACUCAGUCCGGCGACAUUGCUGUCCGACUGCCUGACGCCGUCUGAGCCGCGUCCCACGGCGCAGAGACCUAAACCCAUUUUUUUAACCUUACGAAGAACGACCCGUUUCCUCCCGCCAACCGCAACGAGGACGUCGCGGCACGGCCACCGGCCUGGGGUCGAGGUCUGCUGCGCCAGAGUCAACGUUGGCAGCGAGGGUUUGGUGAAAUCCGGAUCAACGGCCACACGGGUCAUACGAGACAGAGACCAGCUUCAACCACAGUGAUGCAGGGAGGGGAGUCGGUGGCACAAGGAGAGGGAGCUUUACAUAAAGGGGGGACGUGGGAAAGGCUGCACCAGCACGUAAGGGACGGAACUUGAUAAAAAGAAACAUAUUCAC